UUUGGGUCAACUUCAUGUCUACGAGGUUUAUGACAAAAUUCGUAGCUACCAUUUUUGAGGUCUUUGUGGUUGAGAAAUGGGUUUGAAUUAUUUUCUUCCCCUUUUGAUUAUUGUGGAAACAUGUGGCUUAUAAAUAUUGUUGUUACAACAUUUCUGGGUUGGAUUAUUCGUAUUCAAAAUAUCUAAGAUAAAUGAGAGAGAAUCCAUGCUUCACAAGCAUCUCACAUGGAUGUGUUGUUGGAGUUGAUUUUUAAAUUCUAUUUGUUUGUACAAACUGGGAAAUUCUUACCACUAAUCCAACCAAAUUCAGUACUCCAUUACCUUCUUGCUUUAUUUUUCUCUUUUGCAUUCCCACAUAUCACAUGAGCAUAAUUGCACAUCUUUUUCAACUUUGCACAAUAAACAUGCAGCAUUAGAGACCAUUCCUUCCUUUUUGAAAAAGUUUGGUGCAUUACAUAUUGUUUUACCCAAAUCCUAUGAAAAUUCUGAUUGCUUUAGAUAUUUCUCUUUUAUAUUGUUGUGCUAAAUACCUUAUCUUCAUCUACUAGUAUAUAUUUUAUCCUGUUUCUCAUACUGAGUUGCAUAUUUGAGAAGAGAGACUAUAUGUGCUUGUUUCUGUGUGUUUAUUUAUAAUUCUCAUCUUUUGGUUGUCAAUAUGAAGAAUGCUGAUUUUUGUUUGUUUGAAACAAAGGUCCAUUUCUGUGCGCCUGUGCCUAAAAGCAUAUCGGUAGAUGAUGAAAUCUCUAGUCCGAUCAAUGCCCAAAUAUUUGAUUUCUGUGACCCCGAGCUGUUCGCGGAGACGCUUCAGAAUUCUGAGUUCAAUUCUUGCUCAAAUUGUUGUUACGACAAGAAUUCGCCAUAUGCUACAAAUCUGUCUAAUUCCCCAGAUCAAACAGAUAACAAUGGCAAUGGCAAUGGCAAUGGCAAUACUGUUGCCGGUGCUGCAUCGUUUAUACCUACUAACGAUGCAUCAGCUGCAACUAACAUAACGACCAACAGUGCUAGUAACCUGACUGCUAUCUUUGAUUCCCAAGAAGAACUUGACAACGAUAUCUCUGCUUCCAUAGACUUCUCUCCAUCGGCUUCGUUUUCGAUCCCUCAAUAUCUCACUAUCCAGUCGGGGCAGUUCGAUGUUUCUCAAGUGCAAUCUCAAAUGCCAUUGGUAGAUCCCAUGAUUGAAGGGCUUGUGCAGUGUCCUAUGGCUCCAGUUGGAGCUCUCAUUGACGAAGAUCUACCGUCCAUUUACGUCGAUGAUUGCUUAUCUUCCUUGACUUCCUACAUGCCACUGAAUCCUGCUUCCCCUUCAUGCUCGUUUGUCGGAACUACCAUGGCAACUUACCUGCCUACCACAUCAAUGAAUCCUGCUACAUCGACUGUUGAAAGUUGUGGAAUGUUUUCUCUCCUCGGCCCUGACUUGCAAGACCUUGACUAUCAAGGAGACAACUGUGGACUCUACAGCCAAGACUGUAUGCAGGGGACUUUCAAUCCAGCAGAUCUUCAGGUGCUUAACAAUGAAAAUCUACAACUGGCUGCUGGGGCAAUGAACUGCACUUCUUUAGCUUCCGAUCUCUCAAGCUUAAAGGACAGUACUUUCAAAGUAGGAAAACUCUCCACGGAAGAGAGAAAGGAGAAGAUUCAUAGGUACAUGAAGAAAAGAAAUGAGAGAAACUUCAGCAAGAAAAUUAAGUAUGCCUGCCGAAAAACACUAGCAGAUAGCCGACCACGGGUUCGAGGACGGUUUGCGAAGAACGACGAAUUGGCAGAGAAUCACAGGGCUGCUUGUAGCAACCAUGAAGGAGAAGAAGAAGAAGAAGUAAAGCUCCUCUUUGAGCCAACUUUUGAAAGCUACUCCAAUUGGGAGAACAGAGUUUUUUAAGGAAAAAAAAAAAACUAUAUGUAUAUAUAUAUUAUGUAUAUAUAUAUAUAUCAAUGGUUUUUGUUUUGCAGGUAGUUGUGAAGGAAGAAGAUAGCAUGGUUGACUCCUCAGAUAUCUUUGCUCAUAUCAGUGGAGUGAACUCCUUCAAGUGCAACUAUCCAAUUCAGUCUUGGACUUGAAUUUUUUGAUGUUGUUUAUUAAAAAUAAAUCACCAAAAAGAAAAAAUCAGAAAAAAAGAAAAAAAAAGAAAAGAAAAAAAGAGGAAGAAACUACAAUUUUGCAGGACCCAAAUACAGAUAUGAACAUAAGAAUAAGAAUAAUAAUUUUAUGAUAUAUAGUAGAAAGAGAUAGUGAUGAAGGGUCAUAAAAAUAGAAAUAAGUUUGAGUCAGGCCACCUAGCAAUCAAACUUUAGAAGUUUUCAAUUUGUAGAUAUCUCAUCAACAAAUUCAAAAUCCUUAAUUUGUACAUGUUAGGGGUUUAUGCCCUCAAAAGUUGCAAUAACUAAUGUAAUGUUCAAAUUUAAUUAUAAGGUUUGUUACAACAA